CUCCGAGUACUAUGGAUACUACUGCUUGACACUAACUAGUAGUACCACUGUGGAUGCAGGAAAGAAAAAAAAAAUUAACGUGAUCCACGCCUAUAAAUGCCACUUCCUCCUCUCUCCUCCCCGAGAAUUUAACUCUCAUCUUUAUCACUUUCUCACACACGUUAACUCCAAUUGUCUCGCAUUCACAUCCUCUUCCAUCCUCAUCCUUUAUAGUUCAAUUAAUCACACUCAAUCAACACAAUGGGUAAAGUUCUUAUGGUUCUCUAUGAUGGCGGUCAACACGCCAAGGACCAGCCCGGUCUUCUCGGUACCACCGAGAACGAGCUUGGCCUGCGCAAGUGGCUUGAGUCCAAGGGUCACACCCUCAUCACCACCUCUGACAAGGAGGGCGAGAACUCGACCUUUGACAAGGAGCUUGUUGACGCUGAAGUCAUCAUCACUACUCCCUUCCACCCCGGUUACCUGACCGCUGAGCGUCUGACCAAGGCUAAGAACCUCAAGAUUGCCGUCACUGCCGGUGUUGGCUCUGAUCACGUCGACCUUAACGCUGCCAACAAGACCAAUGGCGGUAUCACCGUCGCUGAGGUCACUGGCUGCAACGUUGUCUCCGUUGCUGAGCACGUUGUCAUGACCAUCCUUACCCUGGUGCGCAACUUCGUCCCUGCCCAUGAGCAGAUUCGCAACGGCGAGUGGGAUGUUGCUGCCGUCGCCAAGAACGAGUUCGACCUCGAGGGCAAGACCGUCGGUACCGUUGCCGUUGGCCGUAUCGGUGAGCGUGUCCUCCGCCGCCUCAAGCCCUUUGACUGCAAGGAGCUCCUCUACUACGACUACCAGCCCCUGGCCCCCGAGGUCGAGAAGGAGAUUGGCUGCCGCCGUGUCGAGAACCUCGAGGAGAUGCUUGCUCAGUGUGACAUUGUCACCAUCAACUGCCCCUUGCACGAGAAGACCCGUGGUCUCUUCAACAAGGACCUCAUCUCCAAGAUGAAGAAGGGCUCUUGGCUCGUCAACACCGCUCGUGGUGCCAUCGUCGUCAAGGAGGAUGUCGCCGAGGCCAUCAAGUCUGGUCACUUGAGAGGCUACGGUGGUGAUGUCUGGUUCCCUCAGCCCGCUCCCAAGGACCACCCGCUUCGUUACGUCCAGGGCCCCUGGGGCGGUGGCAACGCCAUGGUUCCCCACAUGUCCGGUACCUCGAUCGACGCCCAGAUCCGGUACGCCCAGGGUACCAAGGAGAUCUUGGACAGCUACUUCUCUGGCCGCUUCGACUACAAGAACCAGGACCUUAUCGUCCACGCUGGUGACUACGUCACCAAGGCUUACGGCCAGCGCAAGUAAGCUUAGGUUGAAGCGGAAGAGGGGUAAAAAAUUGCAUAGACAAGGGGAUGUCAUAUAUACCGGUGUUUUAUGAGGCAAUGACUGAACUAAUCGGCCAUUACUCUGGUAGGAUGGCCUAU